CAGGCAAUCCGGCACCUGGGGGACAAAGUUGUACUUCAUUAUCAUACCCAGCUAAGAGUGGACUUAUAAGCAUGUCGUACUCAACAAAACCGUUGCUAGUCGUCACUGUAGGAAUUUUGCUUUUCGUGAAUUCUGUUAUUUUGUCCGAUUCAGAUUUUGACGUGGCGUUCACAUCACCAUCUCCCUCUAACUUCAUCAAGCUUACCAUCGAUAAACAGUUUGUGGACCUUUCGGUCUGCCUGUGGUUAAAGAAUAAAGAUGUCUCUAGUUCUACUGUCCAAGGCCUGGUUACCUACAAGAAUAGUUUGGGUCAGUCGUUCAUGACGAUGCUGAAUACAACGGCGUCUAUUAGCAUAUUCCAGUACAAGGACGCUAGCGGAAUGGAACUGCCCUCAAUAGUGACUAAGGCUCACGUCGGAGAUGGCGCUUGGCAUGAUGUUUGCUUCGUUUGGGAUCACGCAGUCGGCUCGCUGAAGACGUUCACGGCUGGAAAGCAAGACAAUUUUCACAUCUUUAUGGCUUGGGCAGAGGGUUUAGUGAUCAACGGUGGAGGGUGCCUUGUGAUCGGUCAACUCAGUCCAUUCAGUGGCACUUGCGAUAAUCUGUCAGGCAGUUUCAAGGGCGACAUCUCGCGCUUGAACAUCUGGGAUAGACCGCUGACUUUAUUAGAAGUCAGGCGCAUGUUCCUUGAAUGCAGUACCAAGGCCGCUCCACCAGCGCACGUAGUGACCUGGGAACGAGCGACGAUAACAUUCGGGAUACAAAACUAUGUGGACGUCGUGGACACCAGUGUAACAUGUGACCGCCAAAGUUUGCGUGGAUUCUUCGCACAGCUUCGAGGGGGGCGAUGUCCCGGUCACGUGAUCAGACAAGUGGAAGCCCCGGAUAUAAUGACGUGUGCCCAUCAUUGCCUUAGCAACCCUAACUGUAAAUCAUUCAACGCUGUCCGGCGGUUUCCCGGAAGGCUGAUGUGUGAGCUGUUGGAAGAUGGUGUGAAGGGCGAGGCUUGCACGGCGGAGUUUACACAAGAGAGCGAUCAUUAUUAUAAGCCAGACUUUAUGUGAGAAUAAAAAUGCGUAUACUCCCUGCGCUCUGGGGCACCCCAAAUGCGCUUUAUGAGCUAUAACCACACCAAAUUUAUUAAGUUGUAUUUCACAGUUUCCCCUUUUUGGCAGAUGUCUUAUUGGGGGGGGGGGGGGUGAAUAGGGUUAUGUAAAUCCGCCGAUCCGAUACAUUUUCGGGGCAAAUCCGUGGAUCCACAGAUAUUUUUAGAUCCGCAUGGUUUGACAGAUAACUAAUAGCAACGAUUGAAAUUAAUUUAAAAUCCGAAAUUAGACCGUCAAAGCAGUCGGAAUCCGAAAUCCGCGCCCAAAUUGUUAAAAAAAAAAAAAUCAAAAUCAAAAUCCGUAAUCCGUGAACAUUUCGUAGCCGAAUCUGCCGAUCCGCGAACCUAUUCACCCCCCCCCCCCCCCCCCUUAAUUAAUCCAUCGUGACGAAAUAUACGUUUAAUGUUAUUAUUGAUUAUUAGCUCUGGGUCGGAAAUAGUAUUGCCAUCAUAGCAUUGUAAACCUUUAUCAGGAUAGAAAAAUCUAGCUAAGAUAAGUAGAAACACGUAGCAACAAAUAAGAGGUAUUUCCUUAUUAAAGAACGCUAGACUUUAAGACUGACUUUUCGCAUUAUAUAUGUAUACAAUUUAUAUAUUUGUUUGCGCACCCAAACUCAAUAAAUACUGUUUCCUCCA